AUGUCCGAGUCUGCUCAAUUGAAUGCAUCGUUACUAAGGUUGAAGCUAUUAGAUGCUUUGAGAAGUGGCGAUACUUCAAAAAUUGAUUCAAUAAUCCAAGAAUUAAUUUCAUGUAAAGCAACCAUACAAAAUCAAGAUCUCAAACAAUUAAGAGAAACAAUUUUACAUUAUGCUGUUCAAGUUGCAAAUUUAGACACUAUACAAUACUUAAUCAAUAACCAACAAAAGUAUGGAUUGGAUAUCAAUGCUCAAGAUAAUCAGGGCAAUACUCCUUUACAUUUAGCUGCUAUUGCCUCAAGACAAGAUGUUGUGAAAUAUUUAUUAUCAUUACCGAAUAUUAAUGACACUAUAGUUAAUAAUGACAAGAAACAACCUGUGGAAGUUUGUAAAGAUAAAGAUAUAAUCCAAUUAAUGCAAUAUGAAAGAGCUAAAUUCGUUGAAAAAGCUGCUGGUGAUUUAAGAAUUUUCUUUAGCAAUAGAGAUUUUGAAAAUUUGGAAAACCUUUUGAUUUUGAAUCCAAGAGCUUCUGAAUUAUUGGAUAUAAAUGGUGCUGAUCCAACAACUGGGAACACUGUUUUGCAUGAAUUUAUUAGUAAAGAUGACUUACCAAUGUGUGAUUGGAUUUUGAAACAUGGUGGUGAUCCUUUCAAAAGAGAUAAACGUGGUAAAUUACCCGUAGAUUUAGUCAAAGCUAAAGACGAACCAUUAAAAAAGUUAAUAAAGGAUGCUUCUAAAGAUCAAACGAUAAUGGAUCCCGUGGCUACAUCAAAUGCUGUACCUAAAUCAGGUGGUAUUGAAGUCUACAAAGGUUAUUUACGUAAAUGGACAAACUUUGCAUCAGGUUAUAAAUUAAGAUAUUUUAUUUUAGAUCAAAAUGGUAUAUUAUCUUACUAUGCAGAUCAAGACGAUACUUCUUGUCGUGGUUCGCUAAAUUUAGGUUAUGCAACAUUACACUUGGAUUCAUCUGAGAAAAUGAAGUUUGAAAUAUAUGGUAAAAAUGGUCUUAGAUGGCAUUUGAAAGCUAAUUUCCCAGUUGAAACCAAUAGAUGGGUUUGGAAAUUACAAAAUGCUAUAACUGCUUCUAAAGAUAAUAUAAGAAAGAGAAAUCAAUUAUCAAAUAAUACAGCAAGUGGAACAGUGUCACCUGAAGAGUUACAAGAUCUGACCGUAGAAGACAAUGAAUCAGUUGGAGAAAAGAAAAAACACAGAUUGAGAAUUCCUGGAAGAAAAAAACAUCAUAAACGUAAUGUCAGUCAAGUUUCUAGAGAAUCGUUUGAAAAUGGAAGUGAUGUUUCAAGGUCAUCGACAUCUCACACUCUUGCCGAUUCAAUUGCCAAUCAACAGUUGAACGCCAGAGCUAGUGUGGACGAACAGUAUAGCGUUCAAGACACAGAUCAUGAAAAUUUUGAUUACGAUGCAGACGAAAUUGAAAGAGAAGAUUAUGAUAGUGAUAAUGAUUCAAAUACUAUUGAUAUUAAUCAGAUUAAUGAUUCUAUUGCAGCCACCAGAAGAUCGUUACAUAUAGAAUUACUGUCAUUAUUAGAGUUAUUUCAUCAAGUAAUGAGCAUAGAUGUUUUUCAACCUAAUUCAAAACAAGCGGAAGUUUGCGUGGUUGGUAAUAAUACAAUCAGGGCUAUUAGUGAUUUGAUCACGAAAUACAAUAUAAUCGUUGAUACUAGAGACAAUAAACUUAGAAAAGAUUUAGAUAGACAAGUAGAAGUAAAUCAACUUUGGGAAAGAUCCAUUAGACAAUUAGAAAAUGAAAUUAAAUCAAGAGAAGAUAAAUUGGCUGUAUUACAAGGACAAAGAAAACAAUUGAGAAAAUAUUUUUCAGGAGGAGCUGGUACUAAAUCUGGUGGUGCAAUUUCACCACUUCCAUCGACAAAUAAUGGUGAUGGUAAUGCAACUGGUGUUGCUAAAGGUGAGAUCUUGAGUGAAGAACCUCAAGAAGAUCAAAUUCAUGCCAUCGAUAAUAAGUUGGGAGGUAUUGAACGAAAUGAGGUAGGCAAUGAAGAUUUGCCAGUUACUGCUGCACAAGAAGAAGUUAAUCAUAUGCCUGGUUCUUUACCCGAUAAUGUUAUAGGAGAGUUAUUAGGUGAUGAUUCUGAAGAUGAGUUUUUUGAUGCUGAUGAAUUCGAUGAUGAAAUUGAUGUUGUUGCUCCACCAAAUGAAACUGAUUCUUCAACUUUAGCACCGGUUCAACAAGAUGUUAGUAAAGAAGAAGCACCUAAAGUCAAUCAAUCAAAUGAAACUGCUGCUACACAACCACCCUCGAAUAGAGACGAUACUAAUUUAGAUCCUGCGGUCAAAGCAGGUGCUGGUGCUGGUGCAGUAGGAGCGGCAGGUGCUGGUAUUGCUCUGUCACAAGAUGAAUCUAUACCGCCUGAACAAAAAAUUGAUAAUCUGUCAUUUGAACCAUCUGAAUCUAAUCAACAGGGAGUUCCUCCUUCCAACACUGCCCCUGCUGAAACAGCUGAUUCCACGAACAAAAAUAUUCCAGGUGAUGAAGGUCUUAAUCCGGCGCAAAAAGAAGUCAAUCAUGAAUUACAAGCAGAAGGUUCAUUUUUGGGUUAUGAAAAUCCACCAAGAAAAAAGCUAGGUAUGGACGAAGAUAAUAGACCGAAAGUUGGGUUAUGGGGUAUUUUAAAAUCAAUGAUUGGAAAGGAUAUGACUAGAAUGACAUUACCUGUUUCCUUUAAUGAACCAACUUCAUUAUUACAAAGAUUGGCUGAAGAUAUUGAAUAUAAUGAUUUGUUAAAUAAAGCUGCUGGAUAUGAUGAUUCUACAUUGAGAUUAAUUUAUGUUGCUACAUUUGCAGCUACUGAAUAUUCUUCAACUAUUGAUAGGAUUGCAAAACCAUUUAACCCAUUAUUAGGUGAGACGUUUGAAUACUCCAGACCUGAUCAAAACUAUAGAUUAAUUGUUGAACAAGUUAGUCAUCAUCCUCCUAUUAGUGCUUGUCAUGCCACUUCUCCAAAAUGGGAAUAUUAUGGUGAGAAUGCAGUUGAUUCCAAAUUUUCUGGAAGAUCAUUUGAUUUUAAACAUUUAGGAAAAAUGUUUGCAGUAGUUAGACCUAAUAAUGGAGUUAAAGAUAAGAAAGGUAAUUUGGUGAGUGAGGAAUUAUAUAGUUGGAAAAAAGUCAAUACUGCUGUUGUUGGAAUUAUGAUUGGUAAUCCUACCGUAGACAAUUAUGGUAAGAUGAUUGUUGAAAACCAUACUACAGGUGAUACAAUCACAGUUGACAUGAAGCAAAGAGGAUGGCGAGCAUCAUCUGCAUAUCAACUUUCAGGUCAAGCUUUAGACGCAAAAGGAGUCCCACAAUGGGCAAUGGGGGGUUAUUGGAAUUCGAAAAUAUUUGCUAAAAAAAUCACUAAAGAUCAACAACAUCAUGAUUCUAGUAGAAAAAUGUCAAUUUUGGACGAUCCAAAUAAAUCAUCUUCAACAACUUCAACUGAUCCUUUUUCUGGAAACAAGUUUUUAGUUUGGCAAGUUGCACCAAGACCAAAAGUUCCAUUUAAUUUAACUCAAUUUGCAGUUACUUUAAAUGGUGUUGAUUCUAAUUUGAAAAAAUGGUUAGCACCUACUGAUACAAGAUUGAGACCUGAUCAAAGAGAUAUGGAAGAAGGUAGGUAUGAUAAAGCAGCAGAUGAAAAGCAUAGAGUUGAAGUCAAACAAAGACAAGCAAGAAAACAAAGAGAAGAAACUGGUCAAACAUAUAAGCCAAAUUGGUUUAUCAAAAAGAAGCAUCCUAUUACUGGUGAUAUGUACUGGGAAUACAAUGGUGAAUAUUGGCCGCAAAGAAAAGAGCACAAUUUAGCAGGCUCGGGGGAUAUUUUCUAG